AUGACUGCCCCUUCGACCAAGGCUCCUGCUAAAGGCAGCAUAGAUCCGCAAACCCUCAGCGAUCCCGAAGCUCUAACCGAUCUAUCCAUCCAUGUCAACCGCAUCGUGGAUUCGAUCAAGAUAUUCGACCUUUGCGGAAACUGUGGCUUCGAUACAGCCUACUUGAACGAACAGCUCGAUGAGCUCGUUGCUCUCGAUGCAAAGAUCAAGAUUUUGUUGCAGAAGUCGAAGCAGUUGAAGCAGUUGAAUCAGAAGUUGAAUCAGCUGAUUCAGAUGGAGCAGGAUCUGCUUGUCCUGAGAGACAACAUCAAAUUCAAGGACUCGGAGAUCAACCCAGAGCUUGUCAAACUCUGUGCCAAACUGUGA